AUGGCGGAGAGAGCCAAUUUUAUGAGGAAAGAAGGCAAUACUCGGCCAAAUCUGAACAGUUUACCUCUCGGAUGUUAUCAGCAAUAUGCACUGGACAUUGGAAACCAUGAUUUCCUUCGAAGUUUUGUAAGUUUUUUUUGAUUUGCUUUCUUUUCACUAUUUUAGACAUUAUACUUGAUAUGUUUUAGUUUUUGUGCCGUCGUUCGCUGUCUUCAGUUCUUCCUGUGAUCGAAAAUUGUUGGAUUUCCUCUUCAAUCAAUGGGUUAUCGUUUUCUAACAAACGUAAUGGCUUUCCCCUUUGUGACGGGCCAACUGCGAGCUGGGUAUUAUGUUACACUAAGCCAUCAAAAAUAAAUCUGGUGCUCAAUGAAUAUGUUCGGAAAUUGGACGAGCUUUUGACUGGAGCUAAAAGUAAGUAGAUCUGUUCUUAAUUAACCGGAUUGACAUUUUUCUAGAGAUUUCUCACCUUUACAUUCAUCCCGAUAUCUACUCCGUUGUUUUGAUCAGAUUGUUGAGCAAGUGCGGAAAAAUCGAGAGCUUGGAGUGCAUGUCGACUCUACUGAAGGCUCGAGAAAUGAAAGGAUUGGAGUUGAAUGAGUUCAUUGGGCUUGUUGACGACGGCUUGGGUAAGUUUUCUUCAUGGAGAAUAUAAAUUUUAUUCGAAGUUGAUUAUCCAUUUUAUUUCUUAGAUUUCGAAAAUCUCAAAGGAGUUAAAAUUAAGAAACUGGACAUCGCUGCCCCUUCAGUCGAUCUUCGGAAACUUAAUACAACUCUUGAGGGCACCGAGGAGAUGACAAUAAGCGAAUUCACUUUUCUUGCGUUGGAAUCUACAGAUUUCUUGAAGUUCAAUCAGUUUAUUCCUUCGCUAAGAAAAAUUUCAGUCGUCAUAAGCCAAGUUAUUCCAAUUGAGAUCAUCGGUAACUAUGUUGGUAAUUUCGUCGAUAAGUGUUUUGAUCUCAGCAAAAUCAAGGACGUCACGUUGCCAGAAAUUUUAUUUCGAUAUCAGCUGUCUAUUGACAUAUUUAACGUAAGAAUUUCAUUGAAAGUUUUAUUAAUUUUUUGGAAGGUUUUCUGCAAUUAUUUGAUGUUAUGCUUCAGAUUGAAAAUGACUACCACGCCGAGAUUAUGAACCUAGAGAAGGAGGGUGUAACCAUCGAGCAAACUCUCAAGGAGAACGUCGACGUUUCCAUUGAAGAAUAUCGGAUCAAAUGGAAGAAAGAUAAAGUUGAAUUGGACCUAACCUUGACCCUAAAUGUUUAUCAAGAACACGCGCUCAAGCAAAUUGUAGAGGACUGUGGAAUAAAUGAUGAAGAUUUCAAUGAAGUUGGUUCCGAUUAUUCAGAUUUCGAUGGAGAUUAUUGA